UGGUCUAUGAUUGGCCGAGCGGGGACUGGUAGUCCGGAGGCUGGCAUUGUGCUCCGUGUUGAUCCCCGUGUUCUUGUUUACACCUUGCCGACGCGGACAAGACAAAACACCCAAGGGCCCGCGGCAGGCUCCGGAGUCCAGUCUGCAGCGCACACCGCGACCUGACAGCUGUUCCCACUGGUACUUAUUUUUUUUAUGGGCGCAAACCAACUUGCGGUUUGCUGGGGAAUCGGGCUCUCUCGUGUAAUCUGACGUCUCCAUACAGAGCGAUGAUGCGCUAAACUUUUUGGUGACUUUGGUGGCACCUCCGCGCUUAUGGCUCCGCGUCAAUCCGGGCACAGGCGGAGCUGGAAAUGAUAUCUUCCAGGAAUAGUCUCGUCAUAUUGUUUCCUCAGCUUCAAAUGGUGUAAUUUUCAUUAUUCAAACUUUGUACCCACGGACGGAAAUUUACGCAUUGCCAUUUUUUUCUGAGAAAUUCCUAAACUGUUCGGAGAGGAGUGACAGAUGUGUUGCAGCCUUUUUGCCUCUACAGCGAUCUACAACAAUCAACUAUUUACCGAAAACCCGACAUCAAACAACAAUUGAUGGACUCGUUUGUGUUUUAGUUUUUUUUUUCUACCACUCUGACAAUAUUUUUUCAAAGGCAAAGACUUUGUUGGAGAAGCGCCACUUGGUGCGUCAAAAGUACCAUAGGUGACCCGGGACAUUUCGCAGCGGCGUAGCCGGAAAAGAUGCUCUGUGUUCGGAUGCAGCGUGAGCAAGGUUUCGGUCCUCUGCUGCUUCUCCUUCUGGUCGGGGGAUAUGCCGCAUCUGCCACUGAGAGCAGCGACUACAGCGAGGCCGAGGCUCUCCCAGACUCUUUCCCCUCCGCACCGGCAGAGCCGCUGCCAGAAUUCCAACUAGAACCGGAGGAUGCUUUUAUUGUGAAGAACCGCCCGGUUCAGCUGCGCUGCCGGGCUGCACCUGCCACCCAGAUAUACUUCAAGUGUAACGGAGAAUGGGUGAAUCAGAAUGACCACAUCACCAGAGAGAGCCUAGACCAGAUCACAGGUCAGGUGGUGAGGGAGGUGGACAUCUCGGUGUCAAGGUCCCAGGUGGAGGAGCUGUUUGGCCUGGAGGACUACUGGUGCCAGUGUGUAGCCUGGAGCUCGGCUGGCACCACCAAGAGCAGCCGCGCCUACGUUCGCAUUGCAUACCUGAGGAAGAACUUCGAGCAGGAGCCGCUGGGGCGCGAGGUGCGACUCGAGCAGGAGGUGCUGCUGCAGUGUCGCCCCCCGGAGGGCAUGCCGGCCGCCGAGGUGGACUGGCUGAAGAAUGAGGACAUCAUUGAUCCAUCGCUGGACUCCAACUUCCUGAUAACCAUCGAUCACGAUCUGAUCAUCAAACAGGCGCGGCUGUCGGACACCGCCAACUACACCUGUGUGGCUCGCAACGUGGUGGCCAGAAGACGCAGCAGCACCGCUACACUCAUCGUCUAUGUGAGUGGAGGCUGGUCUUCGUGGACUGAGUGGUCGGAGUGUAACGCUCGCUGUGGGCGGGGCUGGCAGCGAAGGACGCGCAGCUGCACCAAUCCUGCCCCUCUUAACGGGGGCGCUUUCUGUGAGGGCCUGCCCUUCCAGAGAGUGACCUGCACCACGCUGUGCCCAGUGGAUGGAGGCUGGACAGAGUGGGCAAAGUGGUCAGCCUGUGGGACAGAGUGCACCCAUUGGCGCAGCAGGGAGUGCCAGGCCCCUCCGCCCAGGAAUGGAGGCCGGCACUGCAGUGGCAGCAUGAUGGAGAGCAAGAACUGCACUGAGGGCCUGUGCACGCGCAAUAAAAAGAUUUCUAUUGAACAUGCAAGCCAUCCGCUGGCCCCUGGCAUGGGUGUAGCAGUGUAUGCUGGUCUGGUGGGGGCCCUGCUGCUGUGUGUGAUACUGGUGCUGUGUGUGGGUGUGCUGGCAUAUCGCCGCAGAUGCCGUCAUCUCCACGGAGACAUCACCGAUUCGUCGUCUGCGCUCACCGCCGCCUUCCACCCUGGCAACUACAAGCCGCCCAGACAGGAUAACCCACACCUGCUGCACCCUUCAGCUCCUCCAGACCUGACAGCCACCGCAGGGACUUUCCGUGGGCCCCUCUUCUCCCUGCAGCAAGGCGUCAACGACAGCCCCCAUAAAAUCCCCAUGACCACCUCUCCCCUGCUGGAUCCCCUGCCCAGCCUGAAGAUCAAGGUGUACAACUCGUCCACUCUCUCCUCGCUGGAGCUCCCGGCUGAUGGCGGCUCGGCCGACGGUGAGAUCCUCAGCCUGAAGUCGGUGGGCACCGUGGUGAGAGAUCGCGACCACCACAGCCACACUCUGCCCAGAGAGCCUGGCCAGAGCACCAGCGCCACCCUGGGCAACCUGGGGGGACGGCUCACCAUCCCCAACACAGGUGUGAGUCUGCUGGUUCCACCCGGCACCAUCCCCCAGGGCAAGUUCUACGAGAUGUACCUCAUUAUCAACAAGUGGGAAAAAACUACGUUACCCUCUGAGGGCAGUCAAACAGUGCUGAGUCCUGUCGUGAGCUGUGGCCCAUCUGGUAUGCUGCUGAAUCGACCUGUGGUCCUUACUCUGCCACACUGUGCCCAGCUAGAUACGCCCACACCUGACUGGACCCUCACACUCAAAACACAAACCCACCAGGGAGCCUGGGAGGAGGUGUUGACAGUGGGAGAAGAGACUUUGUCAUCCCCCUGCUACCUGCAGCUAGAGGAGGAGAGUUGUCAUGUUCUCAUGGAGCAGCUGGGGACAUACGGCUUGGUGGGCCAGUCGUGCCCGCCGCAGCCUGCCUGCAAGCGCCUGCAACUGGCCCUGUUUGCCCCCCGGGCCCCCUGCCUCUCCCUCGACUACAGCCUCCGCAUCUAUUGCAUCCAUGACACCCCCCAUGCACUCAAGGAGGUGCUCGAUUUGGAGAGGAGUCUAGGCGGAGUCUUGUUGGAGGACCCCAAGCCACUGCUCUUCAAAGACAGCUACCACAACCUGCGCCUGUCCAUCCACGACAUUCCUCACACUCACUGGAGAAGCAAAUUACUGGCCAAGUACCAGGAAAUCCCAUUCUACCACAUUUGGAGCGGCAGCCAGAGACCCCUGCACUGCACCUUCAGCCUGGAGAGAGGCAGCCUGGCUGUGUCGCAGCUCACCUGCAAGAUCUGUGUACGGCAGGUGGAAGGGGAGGGCCAGAUAUUCCAGCUGCAUACAGACAUCCAGGAGACCCAGCCUCCACACUCUCCCCUCCCUUCGGGGGGCGCCUGCCUGCCCUCCUCUCAAGUGGGACCUUAUGCCUUUCGCUUGCCUGCAUCCAUCCGCCAGAAGAUCUGUGCCAGUCUGGAUGCACCGAGCGCUCGCGGUUGUGACUGGAGACUACUGGCACACAGUCUGGGCUUUGACAGGUACUUGAACUACUUUGCAACAAAGCCCAGCCCCACAGGUGUUCUACUGGACUUAUGGGAAGCUUGUCACCAAGGUGACGCAGACUUGGUCUCUCUGGCGACUGCACUAGAAGAGAUGGGCAAAAGUGAGGUGCUGGUUGUCAUGACAACAGAUGGGGAUUGCUGACUGGUCAAGGAACAAGAGAGCAAGCAAGGAAUUUUUUUGCCACCAUGAUAAAAAAUAUAAAAACCUGCCUAUGAAUAUGCACAGCCCUGCACAAAUCAUAAGCCUUUAGAGCAUUUUGGUUCCUUCAUAUUAUUACCUCUGCCUCAUCUCCCUCUCAGCACACUACCCCCUGAUCAGUCGUUGUAGCUGCAUAUCCACAAAAACCCAUUCCCACACCAGCCAUCCUACAAUAACUGCUAACUUGAUUCAGCUUGAGUCCUCCAUUCAAACCAAUCUUGCACCUCCACAGAGAGUGAAAACAAUUUGAAGGCACAAUGGUGUACAAUAGGUGUAAAUUCAUCUGUCGUGUGUUGUUAAUUGUGUUCUUUAAAGAUUGAAAUGAGCAUAUUCUUGUAUAUAAAUAGCACGGCUUUGGGAAACACACACACACACACACACACACACACACACAUAUACAAGAAAAAAGAAAUCCAAGUAUUCAGUACAGCAAAGCACGCACAUUAACACACAAACACACACGCACAAAUAAGCAGACGCUCACUCAGUAAUACCUGUUCGUCAUUACCAGCAUGAAAGUGCAUGAUUAAACACCAUCUCACCUCAUGGCAGGGGCUUUUGUUUUCUAGCAACCGCAUCAUGUCUCGUAGUCUCCAUUGUCAUGCUGUGUGUGUGCACUGAAUGACAGGCGGCACCAACCUGUCUCCAACCUCCUCAGGCUACAGAAACACUCCAACAGGCACAUGGACAAACAGGUCAUUAAUUCCUUCUGACUGAGACAGGCUAGGAUUUCUUGUCUAACUGCUUUUACCGACGACAAAUCAUAUCAGGACCGAACCCUCGAGUUUUGGAGGGCUUGAGCAUAUUGCUAUGGGCUGGGGAAAAGCUGCCUUUCUUUGUGGUAGGAGGGUGGAUUUUGAAGUUUGUUUCAGGAUUGGCGGAUAACUAGACCGACUGACUCUUUAUAUUGUACCAACAAAUGCCUCAAAGCCUUGGCAUAUCAUUCCGACUCACAGGGGUGUUCUCUUUCAUCUCUCCUCGCAUCCCUCUAUCUCUCUGCCACACUCCUCCAAUCUGUCGAGAAUAAACUGCAGGAGAGCUUUCUGGUCAUCCCUUAAAAGUUUCCUUUGGGGAACGCUCUUUAAGUUAUUAUCCAUAUUUGUGGAUUUUUUUAUUUUAUUAUUUUUUUUUUCCACUGUCAUUGCUGUUAUGAUCAUGUAGAACCUUUUAUUUUUCCUCAUUUGUGCUUGAUUAGGCUCUUGAGCUACCGUGUAUGAUUUUCAAUUCUAGUAGAGCAGGCCAAAUUGGAGAGUUUGGUGCACAGCGGAUAUCUCAGUGGUGAAUAACAAAACCAUGCUUAUUUGUUAUUUUCAAUAUUGUGUAUCUAUUCAAAAUGUAAACUAUAAUCUGUAAAACAAGAUUAGAGGUGGUGAAAUGUCCAGGUGAAUAUGCUGUAAGCUAUAUUUCGUAGGCAUUUUGCUUUGCUGUAACUGAGAGCAGUUUCUACUGUUGUUGGGAGAUGAAUUUUGCUGAAUAGAUUAGCCUCGCCUUGUAUCAACUAGGCAGCAAGGGACCAUAAAAUUUACCUCAAGACUAAUUGCAUUAUGUUUCACUCUAUUGUCUAUCUGCCACUUAUCUGUCUAUAUGUCCAUCACUCUAUCCAUUUCCCUGUAACUCAUUAUUUCCCCCCUUUUCUCUAUUUGAUAACAGAUUGUUUACCUUUUUACUAAACCGCCUGCUUUGUGGUCAGGGUCCUCGAGCUAUUUGCAUUGUCAAUAUUGUUUUGUCAGUUGUUGUCAGACUGAAAUUCAAAUGCUGUCAUCUGUAAUGUUUUCAUUACUUAAUAUUUUUAUGUGUUUAUCGAGUCUUUUUUUUUCCUCCCUUGAAGCAAAAAAGUGUUCGAAUCUUUGAAAACACAAAACCAAAACACAGGCAGUAUCCCUCCUCUUCAGCAGUGAGUCAUGUCACUGUUUUGUGUGAAUGAACUAAAAGCAUAAGUGCGUGUAUGUGUGUGAGUGGGUACGUGUGGGUGGGUGGGUGUGCACGUGUGUGUAGCACCCUUAAGAUUUGUCAUUUCUCUUUGUAAGUGCUAUGCAAGUACAAAAGAACAGUGAAGCAUUUGAUUUCUUUUGUUCCCUGGAAGAGUAAUUAUAUUUUUUCAGAUCAGGGCAUUGACAGGGUUUAUCGAUUGAUUUGUGGGUUCAAGUGGUUGAAGAAAGCAUUAUAAACAAAUACAAAAAAACAAAACAAAAAAAAAAACAGAAAAA